GGGGGGAUUUAUCGGUGUUUAACCUAAAAGAAAAACGAAAUUUCACAACUGUUAGUUUUUCACAGCACCACUCAUAUGACUUCCGAGAUGAAUCUAUUAAUAGCAGCAGUCUUAUUAAGCUCUGGUAUUUUGGUCAGUACUGGAAACACAGAUAAAAACAUUGACACCACUGACAUAGAAUAUGUACAUCUCAUCUUUAUGAACCAUCUUGAUGUCGGCUAUGCAUUACCAUCAUCACUUGGGUAUCUGGGAAAUGUGCUCAACAGAUAUUUUACUGAGUAUUUUCCUCGAGCUGUCAAAGUGACCUUUGACCUGCUGGUACUUGGCUAUCAAGAGAGGUUUAUUUACACAACACAUCCAUGGCUAGUUAGUCUGUACCUCGAUUGUCCGCCUAACAUGGUGCUGCCAUCUGGUAUCAAACUUCAGUGUCCCGAUGCCGAGAGUAAGGCGGACUUUAUAAAUGCCAUUGAACUAGGAUUUAUAACAUGGCAUGCUGGUCCAAUGAACAUGGAGUUUGAAAUGAUGGAUGAGUCAAUGAAUGAAUUUGGUAUACAGCUUAGUCUGGAUCUAGAUAAAAGGUUUGGUAUUGAUAGAAAAUACCGGACAGUCAGUCAACGAGAUGUGCCAGGUACUACACAGGCUAUUAUUCCAAUAUUAAAGAAGAUGGGUAUAUCUGCCUUGUCUAUCGGGGUCAACGGAGCAACAUGUCCAGCUGCGGUACCCCCAGUGUUUCUGUGGAAAAAUGGGAACCAGUCAUUAAUUACCCUUUACCAUCCCAGAGGGUAUCCAAACCAGUAUGGACCAGCACCUAUGAAACCAGGUGGCCUCUCAAAAAAUGAUUGCGCAAUAGUCCCGGGAUUAAACCACGCUUUGUGUUUUGCUUUUAGAAGUGAUAAUGAUGGCCCACCAGUAGAUUAUAAG